GUGGAAGCGACUGCCGCACGUGUUGUGGUGCCUUUAUUCUUGUGCUUACCCUGUUUGUAGUGAAAUAAUAAAAAGCCAGUCAGGGCCGAUCUCUCUCCGUUCACCCUUGUGUACUGAAAUCCGAACACGAAACUGAGACUGUGUUGUGUUGUGCGAAUGUAUGGAUUGUCGUAGUAGGGGUAGUAAGAUAAGAUAAGAUAAAGAUGCGCACGUUCAGCAGUUAAAGAAACUAUACAAGUUUGUGUAGUUGUGAGAGAGAUGAGUUUUAUAUAAUUAUGACAAACUAAGUGCAGUGAAAUAGUGAUUUGUGUGUGAUGCUAUAUUGAAAACCAUGGGUUGUCAGUUGGGAAAGCUGGCUUCGUCGGAGAGAAGGUCUGGUGAUGCGGUCUUGAGUGAGGGGCCUCCGCCGAAAACGGAUCCGCGCCUGCCUCUUACUGCGAAGCAGAAGUACUCCAUGGUAGCAUCAUGGAAGGGAAUUUCGCGAGCCAUGGAGAAAACUGGGAUAUGCAUGUUUAUUAAACUGUUCGAGGAGAACCAAGAUCUUCUUGACAUGUUCGAGAAAUUUCGACAAUGCAAGACAAAAGACGAGCAAAUAAACUCAAUGGAGUUAGCAGAGCAUGCUAAUAAUGUUAUGAACACGUUGGAUGAGGGCAUUAAGGGAUUGGACGAUUUGGACAAUUUCUUUCAAUUUAUCCACCAGAUUGGCGCCAGCCAUAGACGGAUACCUGGGUUCAAAGUAGAAUAUUUUUGGAAAAUAGAGGCGCCAUUUCUAGCCGCAGUAGAGUCAACUCUGGGUGAUCGCUAUACGCCAAACGUAGAGAACAUAUAUAAAAUAACGAUAAAGUUUAUCCUGCAGACGCUCGUAGAUGGCUACGAGAAAGCCGCGAAAGCCUCCAACUCAACGUGAACCCUCUGGGAUUUGACAUUUCCUGAGCUCAGAUUGUACUUACAGACAGAAGAUAAAUUACUUUUUGGUCCAAAAACUGAAUACAACUUUUUUACAGCAAUAAUUUUAUUUAUUAGUAUCACGUUACUGCAAUUAGUAAAGGUUGUUUUUACAGGUACUUGUUAAUUGACGUUUGUUAUUCUUAUUGUUGGAAUAAUUUGAGCUCAGGUCACAUUGAAUGUUAUCAUAUUUCGGAUCUCAUAUUUUUGGAGAUACCUGUACAAAAGUCAAUUUAGAAACCUACUGUGUAUUUAUAUAAAUGUAUACAAUCUUCUCACGAAUUCUAAUAUGGAGAGUUCUUCACAUGUAAACUUAAUCUUAAUUUUAUAAUUGUAAUAUAUUGCUUAGUUGUAAAGUGUUUUUAGGUUUAGAAUAAUUGUCGUAAAAAUCAUUUAUUGACUAUGUCUUUUACUACAUACAUUCUACAAAUAAAACUUUAACCAAUA